AGGCACACACGCACACCUCCCCCCUCCUUCCUCUCUCUCUCUCUCUCUCUCUCUCUCUCUCUCUCUUAUGGUAAAGCAGGCGUCGGAUGGGCGAGGGGAAACGCUCGGACGGCAGGCAGAACCCGCCCGAGAGCGACGGGAAACCAGCGAGCGACCCGCCGUCUCCGGCUGCAUUGGCAACCAGCGACGAUGACACUGGAGGUUCUAGGACGGAGUCGAGCUCCUUCUUUGGCUCCGACGACAGCCGUUGCACCAGCAGCUCCGGCGACAUGCUCGGCGUCCUCGCGACCGACACGGAGCAACUGCGGCUGCUCCAGAUGUCCGACGUCGGCGCGGCCGCGGAGGAAGAGAAGGUGGCGGAGGAAGAGGAGGCGCCCGCUGUGGUGGUCAGGAAGAAGUGUAUCGGACGGAGCGGCUCCGUCUCUUGGGGUUCGUCGUCGAUGGUGGGACGGAGGUCGGAGAUGGAGGACGACAUCGCGGCCGGACCGGCGUUCCUCAGCAUCUCGUGCGAAGAUUUCGGGGGGUGCACGGCUGCUGGAUCGCCGGCGGCAGUCGAGCCCUCGCCCAUCUUCUUCUUCGGCGUAUACGACGGCCACGGCGGCGCACAGGUUGCGAAAUAUUGCGGGUCGAGGCUUCACGAAGCUUUGGCGGAGCAGUGGGGACGGAGGACGGAGACGGCCGGACACGAGGGCAGUAAUUGGAAGAUGAGAUGGGAGGAGGCUCUCGACAGAGGCUUCAAGCGGGUGGACGGGGAACUCGCCGGUGAGUUCGACGAGGGCGGGCCGAUUGCGCCUGAAAUAAUCGGAUCGACGGCCGUCGUCGUUUUGGUGUCCCGGUGUCAGAUCGUCGCAUCGAAUUGUGGCGAUUCCCGGGCGGUCCUCUGCCGUGGCGGUCAGGCUAUCCCUCUCACUUCCGACCACAAGCCUAAUAGAGCAGACGAGCUCGCCAGGAUCGAAGCGGCCGGAGGAAGAGUGAUAAAUUGGUACGGACCAAGGGUUAACGGAGUUUUAGCGAUGUCGAGAGCUAUAGGAGAUCGUUACUUCAGACCCUGCAUCAUACCUGAUCCGGAAGUCACGUUCACAGAGCGGUCGGCGGACGACGACUGCUUGAUCGUGGCGAGCGACGGCCUCUGGGACGUACUCUCGAACGACGAGGUGUGUCGAAUCGCCAGACUAGGCCUCCGCCGGCUAAAACACUGCUCCGCCCCGGCGGACGGGCCCUCGCCGACGCAGGCCGUCGCCGAUCACUUAACCAGCCUCGCCUAUCAGCGCAGCUCGUGUGACAACAUCUCCGUCAUCGUCGUCGACCUGAAAGCCAGGAGAACCCGGAGAAGACAAGCCGAUCCGUCGUCCGCCGCCUGAGAUGCAAAGAGGAAAACCGGGAAAAUAAAAUAUUUUUGUUUCCCGGCAAGAUCGCCUUCGGCGUUCUUUUUUUUUUUCCAAAAAAAAAAAAAAAAAAAAAACACGCCGGACAACAAGCCCUUGACAUCUGGAUGGCGACGUCUCCCGUGCACUUUCCCUCCCUUUUCUCGGUCCGAAACAUCCUUCCAGAGUCGUUUUUCUCCC